AAGGCGACGUUCAUAGAAAUCACCACAUUAUUAUAGUUUAUCUCUCUUUAUGAGAAGUCUAUUCUCCAUGUUCGAACUGAUAAUCAUUUUAAUUACAAGUCAUUUAAUAAGGAGAAAAAAGGCAAAUAUAUAAAAUAAUGAACUAUUACGACGAAAAUUAUGCAAAGGAACAUCCUCGAAAUUUGAUACCAGAAUUAUGUAGACAAUUUUAUGAUUUAGAAUGGGUUACUGGUACAGGUGGUGGAAUCUCAAUAAGACAUGAAGAAAAGAUAUACAUUGCACCCUCAGGUGUGCAAAAGGAACGAAUGAACCCGGAUGAAAUUUUCGUUCAAAAUAUAGAGGGAAAUGAUUUAGAAUUACCACCAUCUGAGAAAAAAUUGAAAAAAUCACAAUGCACUCCUCUUUUUAUGUGCGCUUAUAAAUUAAGAAAUGCUGGAGCUGUAAUUCACACCCAUUCAAAAUUUGCUGUAAUGGUGACACUUUUGUGGCCUGGAAAAGAAUUCCGUGUUACUCAUUUGGAAAUGAUAAAAGGCAUCAAGAAUCAAAAACUUGGUCGAUCUUUAAGAUAUGACGAAGAACUUGUUGUCCCGAUUAUUGAGAAUACUCCAUUUGAAGAAGAUUUAAAAGAUCGCUUAGCCGAAGUAAUUCAUCAAUAUCCUGAGACUUGUGCUGUAUUAGUUCGCAGACAUGGAGUUUACGUAUGGGGAGAUACUUGGCAACAAGCAAAAACAAUGACAGAAUGUUAUGAUUACAUUUUUGACAUUGCUGUUCAAAUGAAAAAAUUUGGAAUUGAUCCUCUCUUAACUCCAAAUGAAUAUGAAUUAAAGUUUCAGGAAGAUGAGAAUAAAUCUGGAUGAGCAUAUUACGAUAUGAGAAUGAAAUUUACGUUUUUAUAUAUUUUGUUAAUAAAUAACUUUAAAUACAAAA